AUGAACCCUUCAACCUGGCUUUGGAGCAUCUCUGUAUUAGUCUUGUGGCGAGCUUGGUCUUUGCCAGAGCUAAUUUGGGAAGGUCUGCUAUCCCUUCAAACGAUCGAUAUUGUUGAAUGUGGAGGAUUGAAAUCCUUGCUCGAAGGUAUCCGACGUCUCACUUCACUUGAGGUUUUGACUAUUCAUGGUUGCUCAGCAUUAAAGAAGCGAUGCGAGGAGGAAACAGGGGAGGAUUGGUACAAGACAGCUCACAUUCCAAAACUACUGAUUUGGUAG